GGGAAAACGAACGAGACGUAGUGGUGAUCUAAAAGAAUACCAUAUUUCCCUUUCCCUUUUCCUAUCAAACAAUUACUGCACAAAUAUCUCAAAAAAAGAUGAAAACUACCAAAGUUCCCAUAAAUGUCCAAAUAUAUCUGUAGAGAAGUACAAAAAGCUAAGAAAUAGCCAAUUCUUGUAGUCAACAAUGAGAAACAUUAAUAGCAAAAAACACCAUUUUUACCAAUAUUGCUUCUUCUCACUUCUAAUUUCACAAAUUCUUCUACCAAUUCUUGCAUUACCAACUGAUACAAUUACUACUACAAAUCCCCUUACCAUAAAUCAAACCUUAGUCUCAAAAGAAAAAAAGUUCAAAUUAGGUUUCUUUAAUCCAGGUGGUCCAAAUUCAGACAAAUGGUAUAUAGGAAUAUGGUACAAUGAAAUUCAAGAUUCAACUAUUGUUUGGGUUGGUAAUAGAAACAACCCUGUAACAAAUUCAUCAUCUCAUUUUUUAAAAAUUAGCCAAAAUGGAAAUCUUGUUUUAGUUGAUGGAGCUGGAAAUUCUAUUUGGUCAGCAAAUCAAGAAUCUGAAACUACGGCGAAAAACACAGUAAUUGCUCAGCUUCUUGAUUCUGGAAACCUUGUUGUUCGACAUGAGAAUGAUGAAAAUGAAGAGAAUUAUUUAUGGCAGAGUUUUGAUUAUCCUACGGAUACUUUAUUACCAGGAAUGAAACUUGGAUGGGAUAUGAAAAGUGGGUUAAAUAGGAAUAUAACAUCUUGGAAAUCUCCAUUUGAUCCAGCUUCUGGAAAUUAUACAUUUAAACUUGAUAUAAAUGGAUUGCCAGAAGCUUUUUUGACAAAUAAAGAUGAUAUUUUUUAUAGAAGUGGACCUUGGAAUGGAGUUGGAUUUAGUGGUGUUCCUGAAAUGAAACCAACUGAGAUUAUGGCAUUUGAGUUUCAAAUGAAGAAAGAUCAAGUUUACUACACAUUUCAGGUACUUGACAAGAAAAUAUGCUCAAGAUUGUUAGUGAAACAUAAUGGGUUUUUAGAGAGGUAUACUUGGAUUUCGACUAGUAAUAUUUGGAACAGGUUCUGGUACGCACCAAAAGACCAAUGUGAUUUUUACGAAGAGUGUGGGGUAUCGGGAAUUUGUAACGCGAAUCUUUCGCCAGUAUGCAAAUGUCUAGUGGGAUACAAGCCUAAAAAUCAAGUGGCAUGGGAUUUAAGAGAUGGAUCAGAUGGAUGUGUUAGAUAUCAUGAUUUAGAGUGCGAAACUGAUGUUUUUAACACAUUAAAGAACAUGAAAUUGCCAGAGACUUCGAGUUCGUUUGUCGAUACAACGAUGAAUUUGGAUGAAUGUAAAAAAAAGUGUAGGUACAACUGUUCUUGCACGGCGUACUCCACCGCGAAUAUUACUGGGGCUGGUUCUGGUUGUGUGAUUUGGACAACUGAACUUGUUGACAUGAGGCAGUAUUCAGCGGCAGAAGGUGGCCAAGUUCUCUACGUUAGAGUUGCUUCUUCUGACGCAGCACAAAGUGGAAGUGUGGGAUCAGGAGAUGGUUCUGGCAAGACGAAGCGAAUCGCUAUGGCUACUGGAAUCACAGCUGGUGUUGUUCUUUUGCUAGUUGGAGUAGUAACCAUUCGGUUAUUAUCAAAAAGAAGGAAAUUACAAGGUCCAAUAUUAAGAAAGAAGACAGAACAAGGAGGCUCUAAUCAAAGAAGUCAAGAUCUUCUAGUGAAUACAGCUAUUAUUCCAAGUAAAAGAGAGAUUUCUAGUGAAACUUCCGCGGACGAAUGUGAAUUGCCAUUAUUUGAUCUCAGUGCCUUAGCUGUGGCUACAGAAGAUUUUUCUGAUGCAAAUAAGUUAGGCCAGGGCGGUUUUGGUUGCGUUUACAAGGGAAUAAUAGAUGAAGGUCAAGAAAUAGCAGUGAAAAGGCUCUCAAAGAAUUCAGGCCAAGGAGUAGAGGAAUUUAAGAACGAACUACGAUUGAUCGCUAGACUUCAACACAGAAAUCUAGUUCGGCUUCUUGGCUGCUGCGUUGAGAUGGAAGAGAAGAUGUUGAUAUACGAAUACAUGGAAAAUAAAAGCUUGGAUUCAAUCUUAUUCAAUAAGCAGAAAAGCUUGUUGCUUGAUUGGCAACGGCGAUUCAACAUUAUUUGUGGCAUCGCGCGAGGGCUUUUAUAUCUUCAUCAAGAUUCAAGAUUUCGGAUUAUACACAGAGACCUUAAAGCAAGCAACAUUCUUCUUGACAAGGAAAUGAACCCCAAAAUAUCAGAUUUUGGUAUGGCAAGAAUUUUUGGAGGCGACGAGACUGAAGGAAAUACAAAGAGAGUAGUCGGAACCUAUGGUUACAUGUCUCCUGAAUAUGCGAUGGACGGUCUCUUCUCUGUUAAAUCGGAUGUCUUCAGCUUCGGUGUUUUAGUGUUAGAAAUAGUAACAGGGAAGAAGAACAGGGGAUUUUAUUAUCAAAACAACCAAAGAAACCUUCUUGGCCAUGCAUGGAGAUUAUGGAGAGAAGGAACAGCUUCAGAACUACUUGAUACAGCGGUUGGAGAAUCAUUUUCUCCAUGCGAAGUAAUGAGAUGUAUACAAGUCGGGCUAUUGUGUGUUCAGGAGCAAGCAGAAGAUAGACCGAAUAUGGCAACCGUUGUCUUGAUGUUAGGGAGUGAAAGCGCAACAUUACCUCAACCUAAGCACCCUGGUUUUUGCCUGGGGAGAAGACCGGUUGAUGAACACUCGGAAACUAUUUACGAAGAAACUUGCACUGUGAAUCAAGUUACAGUUACCAUGCUUGAUGCACGGUAGUUAAAGGUACGGACAGACUGGCUGGCGUACUUCUACGUAAUAGAAUAGAAAUUCAAGGCAAAUUCCCCUGAUGGGAGUGAACAUAAGGAUUACUCGACGAACAUAAGCAAAAUUGUAUAGUACAUAAAUACUAUAAGAGGUUUACAAUUUUCUCUUGUAUGCUUACCUUCUUUCUUCUUUUAAAGAAUGUUUUCUUUUUU